UGGAAACAGUGAGAAGAGAAGAGAAGAGAAGAUAAUGGAGGAGGAAGAGCAUGAGGUGUACGGUGGUGAGAUCCCCGACGUUGGAGAGAUGGAAGGUGAUAUCGACUCUCACCAUGACCACCCCGACGUUGACAUGUCCGCUGCCGACGACGACGACGCCGUCAAGGAGCUCGACGAGAUGAAGAAGCGCUUGAAGGAAAUGGAAGAGGAAGCCGCUGCUCUUCGUGAAAUGCAAGCCAAGGUCGAGAAAGAGAUGGGCGCUGUUCAAGAUCCUGCUAGUGCAGCUGCUUCGCAGGACAACAAGGAGGAGACAGACGCUCGAUCUGUUUUUGUUGGCAAUGUUGACUAUGCAUGCACACCAGAAGAAGUGCAGCAACACUUUCAAUCGUGUGGUACAGUGAACAGGGUAACUAUCCUGACAGACAAGUUUGGGCAGCCUAAAGGUUUUGCUUAUGUGGAAUUCCUUGAAACUGAAGCUGUUCAAGAGGGUCUCCUACUGAACGAAUCUGAAUUACAUGGGCGUCAAUUGAAGGUUAUGCCAAAGAGGACCAACGUUCCUGGAAUGAAACAAUUUCGUCCUAGGCGUUUUAAUCCUUACAUGGGGUAUCACAUCAGGAGACCAUAUCCUCCUCCUUACUUCUACUCCCCUUAUGGAUAUGGAAAGGCUCCCAGGUUUAGAAGGCCAGGUCGGUACAUGCCAUACUAUUAGAUCGUAGAUGCUAUAGAUAUGAGGAUGGGUGCGUUCUGCAACAAUUAUUUUUGCUUCGAUUUGAUCUAGCCAUAUCUAGGUAGCAUUUAGUGACACUAAUCGUUAUCAGCGUUGUACUAAUCUUUAUCAGGGUUGUAUUCUCUGUGAUUGGGGAGUAUUCAUUUCCCAAUUGUCAUUAGGCUUUGUUACUGGUCUUGCUUGUUUCGUCUUUGGUACUUGGAAGAUGGUUCAGAGUACAAUUUUAUGUCUUGCUGUGUAAUUUAUCCAAAAUAAUUUUAUUA